UUCUUAAGGUGUACAAGGCGAACACCAACCCGAGCUUCCCUCGGGGCGGGAAAAUGUCGCAAUACUUGAUGAACAUCCCACGUGACCAAUACAUAGACGUACGAGGACCCUCCGGCAACCUGCACUACAAGGGACUAGGCGUGUUCGACAUCAAACCAGACGAAUCUAGUCCGGCCCAGAAGUACACUGCCAAGUUCGUGAACAUGAUCUGUGGUGGUUCCGGAAUAACCCCCAUGUUCCAACUCCUGUCGUACAUUCUCAGUAAUGACAAGGACAUGACGCGACUAUCUCUAGUUUUCGCAAACAACUCUGAAGGUGACAUUUUGCUCCGUGAUGAACUGGAUGCAUAUACGACGAAAUUUCCCAAUCAACUUCGCGUGUGGUAUGUGGUGAAGGAGCCACCUGCAAAUUGGACAUACAGCUCUGGCUACGUGACGGAAUCUGUUCUGUCUGAACAUCUGUAUCCGCCGGGCAACGAUACACUUGUCCUGCUCUGCGGUCCCGCUCCAAUGGUCGAGUUUGCGUGCUAUCCGAAUUUGGCCAAGCUGAAUUAUGCGAGAAAUCGGAUAUUCGCCUAUUAGACUGGUUGAGUUUCGGCUGCUUCGCUUUCGAUCACAAGGCAAAGAUUCGCGCCCUUUCUUGAGACAGCACUCAUGCUCACCAAACUGCUUUCGCCCGCUCAUGCUAAGGAUACUGCCUGAUCAUUUGAUUUGAGACAUAUCGCUUAGAUGACCUUUUACUUACUGUUUGACCCCGGCAGUUAGCUGUCAUAUCUCUACGGAUUUCCCUUGCUAUUUUUCAUCAGUUGUCAUUUUUCAACAAUUAGAAAUACAACUUGGGUAAUCGGGUAUACAGUCCUCCCUCGCACCAAUGGACCAAUCGUUGGUAGUAGUGUCAUGGGAUGGUUUUACCCUCUUCUUAAGUGGUGAUGUUCAAAAGCGCUAUCCUGGUUGUCGAGGGUGUUUUUGUUUAUCAGAUGCUAGUCUUUUUUAUUCUCCAUUGGAACGAACAGAUGGAAAAUCGUCAGUUGGGG